AUGUCGUCUAUAGGCCCCCAGCUCCCACCACAGAUCACAAAGCGAAAGCACGACGAAGACGACGAAUCCACAUCCUCGUCAAACAAGCAUCCCCGUCGCGACAAUAACGCUGCGCAACCCCCACGAAACCAAGACGAGAUAGCCAUCAAUGGCUCCGACUCAGAUUCAGAAGAUGACUAUGGACCGCCCAGGCCAUCUACUCUACCAGCAGCACCUGCUCCUCGGAGCGUAGGGCCAUCUCUGCCACCGCACCUCGCCGCAGCCGCGAAUAACGAAGACGAGAUCAAUCUCUCCGACUCGGACUCAGAUCCUCUUCCACAACCUCCUCCAGCCACCGAUUCCAAUUCUCACAACCCAAACCCAGACUCUGAAUCCUCAGACGAUGACGACGACUUCGGUCCCUCCCUCCCCUCCGCCUCAGCUCCUCGCCGUCAAAUCGGUCCAUCUCUCCCUCCCUCAGUCGACGACGCCCCCAAACGAGACGAAUGGAUGCUCGCCCCGCCACCCUCAUCAUCAACCUUUUCCGAGCGCGACACGACGAAGCUCCGCGCCCGCAAAUUCGCCUCCAAGCCGUCCGCCAAACCAUCUUCCGCCCCCGGCGCCCCAUCAAUAUGGACAGAGACACCCGAAGAAAAACUCAAGCGCCUACAGGACGCUGUCCUCGGACGAACAUCCGCGUCUUCUUCCACCGAAGCUGGCGGCGACGCGUCGGAGCUGCAGCGCAAGAAGCAGCUCCGUGACGAGGCCCUCGCGGCGGAUAUCCAGGCUCAGCGCGGGAAGACGCUGCUUGAGGAACAUCAGGGCGGGAAGAAGAAGGCUGGACCGGCAGCGAGACCGGAGGAUGAAGAGGAUGAUCCGAGCAAGAGGGCGUUUGAUAGGGAGAAGGAUAUGGCUGUCGGGGGCAGGAUCACAGCGACGCAGCGGAAGGAGUUGAUUAAUAAGAGUGCUAACUUUGGGGGGAGGUUUCAAAAGGGAUCGUUUUUAUAA